CCAGUUCCCGCAACGACUCUUUCUGUAUUUUGUCCUCCAGCCCCACUGAUCAUCCUCCUGGUUCUUCUCAGAGUCUCAACGUCUGUUUUUAUGGCGGGGUGAUUAAGCCCCGCCCCCUCCCUUUCGGAUUGGGCGCCCAGGCCGCGUAAGCCCCGCCCCCUUCGCAUCAAUGUGACGACGUGAUUUUUGGCGCGCUUUAGGAAGAGGCCGUUUUCUUCUCCGUCUUCACCGUUCCUGUCGGAAACACCCGUUGGACUCCCGAGGAGCGGAAGCCCCACCACCACCGAGGAUGCGAAGCCGCGAGGAGGUCGAUGCGACGCUGGAGGUCGCUAAACUAAACCCGGCGGAGCUGCUUCCGACGGUGCAGUGCCUCAGUUUCAGUCCGCGGAUCGAUGCCGGGGAUUACUGUCUUCUGCAACUGGAGCCCGAGUUGUGUCACGAGUUGGAGGCGGGGCGAAGCCUGGUGAUCCGUGGAGAGAAAAAUGAACAUGCUGUAAUAUGCAGUAAGGAUAAGACUUAUGACAUGAAAAUAGCAGAUACUUCCAAUAUGUUGCUUUUUAUUCCUUCCGGUGAAACGCCAGAGCAGCUUCGUGCAGACAAGGCUACCACUAAUAUACUCCACCCUGAGAUUGCAGGCUUCUCCAAUCAUUUUUGGGAACUAAGAAGAUGCCGGCCUAAAUUGAAGAAGCUCAAGAAACUCCUAUUGGAAAAUCCUUAUGAAGGUCCAGAUUGUGAAAAAGAGAGAAUUGACACAAACUCAAAGUAUACAACAGAAGACUUCUUGGAUUUGGUCCAAGCAAGUGAGGAAGAAAUAAUGCAUCAAUUGAAGGUUCUGAAAGCAUGCCAAGUUCAAGGAUACUGGAGAAUUCUAGACUUUGACUAUGAGAUGAAACUCUUGAAUCACGUGACCCAACUAAUAUAUUCAGAGUCCUGGUUAUUCAAUAAAGUCCCUUUAAGUAUAUGUGUUCAAGAACUUGGACCUCUAGAACCAAAAGAAAUGAUAGAACACAUCCUGGAAAGUUACGGGAAAAAAUAUAUGGAUGAAGGUCAGGCUUACUUUGAAAUGAAUGAAGAGAAGUUGUGUAGAGCAAUGGCACAAAUGCUCUUACAAAAUGCUGUUAAAUUCAAUCUCUCGGAAUUUCAAGAAGUGUGGCAGCAGAGUGUCCCUGAAGGCAUGACAACUAGACUGGAUCAGUUAAAGGGGUUGGCUCUUGUGGAUAGAUCCUCUAAACCAGAGAUUAUUUUCCUGCUGAAUGUUGAAGAUUUACCAGAAGACGAUAAUGAAAGAUUUAAACGCUUGUUCUCUAUUCGGGAGAAGUGGACAGAAGUUGAUAUAGCUCCAUAUAUAGAGGAUUUAUGCUCAGAGAAGCAAACAAUUGGCGCACUUCUAACAAAAUACGCUCGUUCUUCAAUGCAGAAUGGACUCAAAGUUUAUAAUUCAAGAAGACCCAUUUCAUAAGAAUUAUUUCAACUAUGUAGGGACUGAAAAUAUUCUAAAGAUUGUCAACUGGUAGAUCAAUUUUUGUGCUUUUGCCACAUAGUUUAAGAUCCACAAUUUUCUGUGUGGCACCUAAUAAUAUUAGGAGUUCUUGAGAAUUCUUUACUGUUGAAAUUGAUAUUUCUAGAAAAAUAUAAAUAGCAAUAUGAGUAUUUCAUUCAACUCCUUUCUGUAUUUUGUUUAAAUUAAAUCUGUAUUAAAAUUUUAAAAAAUGUAUAAGUUAAAGCACACAUUGUAAAGAAGAUCAGUUUAAGAUAGGUAAAGGAUGGUUUUCUUUAAUCUUUCCUUUAUAUUAAUUAACAUUUCAACAUUUCCUUGGAAGAACUAAAUUAGUCUAUUUAGCUAAUCUGCUAUUUUGUUUGUAGUUUACAGAAUUUCCAGACACUAGUUUCCAGUUGAUAUUCUGAUUUUUAUAGUUCAACAUUGUUGGACUUUAUCUUUACCUUUUCUUUAUUUCCUUUUCUGAAAUCAAAUUUUAUAAUGUGAGUUGUUUUUUGUUUGCUUUUCUUUCUGAAGAGUCUUGCUCUUAAGCAAAUUAGUUAAAAUGAUGACUAAACCUGAGUCAGUGAUAAUAAUUGUUACCUGAAAUAAUCAGAUUUGUAGGUAAUGUUCUACUGAAUAUUAGUUGCUUGGAUAUAUGUUGCCUUGCCUGUGAACCAGGGGUGAAAUCCAAGAACCGGCAAAUGCCACCUCUGGCUGGCCCCAGAGUGUGGUGGGAAUGGAGAUUUUGCACUAUCCUUCCCCUGCCAUGCCCACCAAGCCACGCCCACAGAACCGGUAGUAAAAAAAAUAAGUUUCACCUCUGCUGUGAACAUCUCAGAGGAUAUCUGUUAACCUUGGAAUCAAUGUACUGAAUUUGUGGGGCUGUUAUUCUGUUAUUAGAUUUUCUGCAAGACUACGUAUCCCUCUCAUCUUUCAGGUUCUUCAAUGAUUCAGUUACAUUGGCAUUGUAACUGAAUCCAUCCAGCUGGUGGUCUUUCCUUCUACUUUUCCUGCCAUUAUAAGCUUCUUGUAACAGACACAUUGCUGUGUCUGAAGUAUGAUGACUUGAGCCUGGUCAUCUGUGCCUCAAGUGAGAAAUCAGGGCUGAUUUGCUCAGUGAUCCAUUGGUUGGGUUUUUUGGCUAUUCAUGGUCUAUUCAGGAGUCUUCCCUAACACCAAAGACCAUGGCUUUGCAGUGUCCAUCUCUCUUACCCAAUUUACAGCUUCACAGGCAUGCUAAACUUCAACGCCCAUAAUGCUCAGGUAGCAUGGCUACUGCUGAGGAUUGUGGGAGUUCAGGGAUUGGAUUAGAAGACUUCCAAGGACUCUUCCAACUCUAAUUGUUACAAGUAAUCCUUGACUUACAACCACUCUCUUCAGCAACACAAACAUUCAUUGCAUGCAUCUGGCCCAGAGGCCUUAG